AUGGCAUUGACUUCCGAACCAUCUCAGGCUCUUCCGGUAACAUCCCCUACGUUUCCCACAAACGUUGUCAAGCAUCCCGAAUUGUGGUUGAACGAUGGGAAUAUCAUCAUCCGCGCCGUCUCCCAAUUUUCUCGUGCAUCCAAUCCCCAGUCCACAGAUGCGCCUUUUCCUCCUACACAAACGCUCUUCCGAGUGCAUCGGUCAGUUCUUGCAUUGCACUCUCCAGUCUUCAGCAGCCUCUUCGGCUUGGACCAGGGCUCGUUCGAAUCCGCCUCGGAGACGUUUGAAGACAUUCCCGUGAUGGAGUUGCCAGACCCCGUAGAACACGUCGAAUCCCUCUUGAAGGCUCUAUACUUCCCUAGCGAAACCUAUCGGUAUCUCAGAGAACUACAGGAGCCGACCGAGAUCCAUCGAAUUCCGAAUGAAAUCGCUGGGGCGUUACUGCUCGCCACCAAGUACGAAAUCGCCAGCCUGCAGAGGAUCUUGACAGACGCGCUCACUAAGGCGUGGCCUGCGUCUCUGCGGGACUGGGAUAAGAGAGUUGCCAUGAUCAAUGAACGCCGUUUUGUCCCUCCAGACCCCGCACAAGCUAUACGACUCGCAGUGGCAUCCAGAGCUUACAAUGCCCUCCCUGCCGCGUUCUAUGAACUUUGUCUGACCACCUGGCGCACCGACAGAUCUCUCAACAUUGCACCUCUGCAUGCAGACGAACUCCGAUGUCUCCUGUACGGGCAGAAGAGACUGAUGGGAAGAUUCGAUCCCGGAGGGGACUCAUAUCUUCCAUCACUGUUACUUCGACUCCCUCCUUUGCCAUGCCCUGAGGGUCUCGAGUGCUUAGACAGAACGAUACAGUGGAUCCACGGCUUUGCGAACAAAUUUCCCGGAUACAUCACCAAAGGGUUCGAUCCCCUGCGUUGGAUCACGGAUGCGAGAGACGAUUUGGGGUCAGGGGACUUAAGGUGCUGUGAUACUUGCAAAAUUCGGAUGAACACAGUCUUUGAUACAGAGAGGACUCAAAUAUGGAAUCAUCUGGGAGAAUAUUUCUCGCUUAACGGCCUGCAAGAAUCGCAUCAGUGAGUUGUAGGCCACGAGUCGGCUAGGAGAACCGGCAGCUAGGCACGGAAGCUGGAAUCCUUGGUUGAUACUUAUUUCGCAUCUCAUACCACGCAGGGAAGUAUAUAUGUUUUCCUGUGUCACACUUACGGUGGCGCGCUCGCUCUGCUGCGUGUACGCAUAUCGCGAUGGUUCUCCAGGGGUAUCGUGGC